AUGUCAGAUAAUUUUACCAAUAAUGGCAAUGAUGCAUCAGAUACCAACGAUGAUGCAACAGAUAUCAACGACAACCAAGCUGUUCCAAGAUGUGCCAACUCCAGAGGUGGUUCCAGUGUUCUCAUACCGGAACAAAAUGCUAGGCAUUCAUCAAGAAUAGGCGUGCCCCAGCAAGAAAGCUUGAUGGCUGUUUCAAGAUGUGCCAACUCCAGAGCUGGUUCCAGUGUUCUCAUACCAGAACAAAAUGCUAGGCAUUCAUCAAGAAUAGGCGUGCCCCAGCAAGAAAGCUUGAUGGCUGUUUCAAGAUGUGCCAACUCCAGAGCUGGUUCCAGUGUUCUCAUACCAGAACAAAAUGCUAGGCAUUCAUCAAGAAUAGGCGUGCCCCAGCAAGAAAGCUUGAUGGCUGUUCCAAGAUGUGCCAACUCCAGAGCUGGUUCCAGUGUUCUCAUACCAGAACAAAAUGCUAGGCAUUCAUCAAGAAUAGGCGUGCCAGAGCAAGAAAGUUUGAUGGCUGUUUCAAGAUGUGCCAACUCCAGAGCUGGUUCCAGUGUUCUCAUACCAGAGCAAAAUGCUAGGCAUUUAUCAAGAAUAGGCGUGCCCCAGCAAGAAAGUUUGAUGGCACAAAAAAACCCAAUGCCUCUGUAG